AUGAGGAGGAAAGGACGAUGCCAUCGAGGACCUGCAGCCAGGCCCCCCUCCUCCCCGUGCAGUGUUAAGCACUCCCCGACCAGAGAGACGCUGACCUACGCCCAGGCGCAGAGGAUGGUGGAGAUCGAGAUCGAGGGGCGUCUGCACAGGAUCAGCAUCUUCGACCCUUUGGAGAUCAUCCUGGAAGAUGACCUCACGGCUCAGGAGAUGAGCGAGUGUAACAGCAACAAGGAGAACAGCGAGCGGCCGCCGGUCUGCCUGAGAACUAAACGGCACAAGAACAACCGUGUCAAGAAGAGGAACGAGGCCCCGGCCGGCGGCCCCGGCGCCAUGGCCUCGGCCAGCGCCCUGCCUGAGCCCCGGGUGCGCAUCGUGGAGUACAGCCCCCCGUCGGCGCCCCGGCGGCCGCCCUCCUACUACAAGUUCAUCGAGAAGUCGGCCGAGGAGCUGGACAACGAGGUGGAGUACGACAUGGACGAGGAGGACUACGCCUGGCUGGACAUCGUCAACGAGAAGCGCAAGGGGGACUGUGUGUCGGUGGUCUCCCAGCACAUGUUCGAGUUCCUGAUGGACCGCUUUGAAAAGGAGUCGUACUGCGAGAACCAGAAGCAGGGCGAACAGCAGUCGCUCAUUGACGAGGACGCCGUGUGCUGCGUCUGCAUGGAUGGGGAGUGUCAGAACAGCAACGUCAUCCUCUUCUGUGACCUCUGCAACCUGGCCGUGCACCAGGAGUGCUACGGGGUGCCCUACAUCCCUGAGGGCCAGUGGCUGUGCCGCCACUGCCUGCAGUCCCGUGCCCGGCCCGCGGACUGCGUGCUCUGCCCCAACAAGGGAGGUGCCUUCAAGAAGACGGACGACGACCGUUGGGGCCACGUGGUGUGCGCCCUCUGGAUCCCCGAGGUCGGCUUCGCCAACACGGUCUUCAUCGAGCCCAUCGACGGCGUGCGCAACAUCCCGCCCGCCCGCUGGAAACUCACCUGCUACCUCUGUAAGCAGAAGGGCGUGGGCGCCUGCAUCCAGUGCCACAAGGCCAACUGCUACACGGCCUUCCACGUGACCUGCGCCCAGAAGGCCGGCCUCUACAUGAAGAUGGAGCCCGUCAAGGAGCUGAGCGGGGGCACCACCACCUUCUCGGUCAGGAAGACCGCCUACUGUGACGUGCACACCCCUCCCGGCUGCACCCGCAGGCCCCUCAACAUCUACGGGGAGGGGGACACCCGCAACGGGGUCUGUCGCAAGGAGGGCCCGGCCCCGGCAAUCAGGGCCUCAUCCAAAGUCAGGAAGAAGGCCAAAAAGGCCAAGAAGACGCCGGCGGAGCCCUGCGCGGGCCUGCCCACUGUGUGCGCCCCCUACAUCCCCCCUCAGAGAUUGAACAAGAUUGCGAACCAGGUGGCCAUCCAGCGGAAGAAGCAGUUUGUAGAGCGGGCCCACAGCUACUGGCUUCUCAAGAGGCUGUCACGGAACGGUGCGCCCCUGCUCCGGAGGCUGCAGUCCAGCCUGCAAUCCCAGCGCAGCAGCCAGCAGCGAGAAAACGACGAGGAGAUCAAGGCCGCCAAGGAGAAGCUCAAGUACUGGCAGCGGCUGAGGCACGACCUGGAGCGCGCGCGGCUGCUCAUCGAGCUCAUGCGCAAGCGCGAGAAGCUGAAACGCGAGCAGGUGAAGGCAGAGCAGAUGGCCAUGGAGCUGCGGCUGACCCCAUUCACGGUGCUGCUGCGCUCGGUGCUGGACCAGCUGCAGGAGAAGGACCCGGCGCGGAUAUUUGCACAGCCCGUCAGCCUGAAGGAGGUGCCGGAUUACCUGGACCACAUCUCACGCCCCAUGGACUUUGCGACGAUGAGGAAGCGGCUGGAAGCCCAAGGGUACAGCGCCCUGGCGGAGUUUGAGGAGGACUUUAACCUGAUUGUAGAUAACUGCUUGAAGUACAAUGCCAAGGACACAGUGUUCUAUAGAGCUGCAGUGAGGCUCCGUGACCAGGGCGGGGCGGUGCUGCGGCAGACCCGGCGGCACGUGGAGAGCGUGGGCUUCGAGGAGGCCACGGGCAUGCACCUGCCCGAGCGGCCCCCGCCAGUGCCCCCGCGGCCCUUCUCCUGGGAGGACGUGGACAGGUUGCUGAACCCGGCCAACCGUGAGCACAUGGCCCUGGAGGACCAGCUAAGGGAACUGUUGGACAAACUGGACCUGACCUGUUCAAUGAAGUCCAGCGGGUCAAGAAGCAAACGGGCAAAGUUGCUCAAAAAGGAGAUCGCUCUGGUGCGGAGCAAGCUGAGUCAGCAGCCCAGCCCGCCCCCGCGGCCCGCCGAGUCAGGUAUUGGAGGCUUCGAAGAGGACGGGGCUCCUCUGGAGCCAGAGGCGGGGGACGCAGUCCUUCCGAGGUUGGAGACUCUGCUGCAGCCGCGCAAAAGGUCACGGAGCACAUGUGGAGACUCCGAGACGGAGGAGGAGACCCCCGGAAAGAGGCUGGACACAGGUCUCACCAAUGGCUUUGGGGGUGUGCGGGGUGAGCAGGAGCUGGCCAGCGCCCCGGGAAGGAAAGCAACACCCCGGCGGCGCUGUGCCUCAGAGUCCAGCAUCUCGUCCAGCAACAGCCUGCUCUGUGACACAAGUUUCAGCACACCCAAGUGCGGCCGGGGCAAGCCAGCCCUGGUGCGCAGACACACGCUGGAGGACCGCAGCGAGCUCAUCUCCUGCAUCGAGAACGGCAACUAUGCCAAGGCUGCGCGUAUCGCUGCUGAAGUGGGCCAGAGCAGCGUGUGGAUCUCCACGGAUGCCGCGGCCUCUGUGCUGGAGCCCCUGAAGGUGGUGUGGGCCAAGUGCAGUGGUUACCCCUCGUACCCCGCGCUGAUCAUCGACCCCAAGAUGCCGCGGGUGCCUGGUCACCACAACGGUGUCACCAUCCCAGCCCCACCACUGGAUGUCCUGAAGAUCGGGGAGCACAUGCAGACCAAGUCGGAUGAGAAGCUCUUCCUGGUGCUGUUCUUUGACAACAAGAGAAGCUGGCAGUGGUUGCCCAGAUCCAAGAUGGUCCCGCUGGGGGUGGAUGAGACCAUCGACAAGCUCAAGAUGAUGGAGGGCCGUAACUCCAGCAUCCGGAAGGCUGUGCGCAUCGCCUUCGACCGCGCCAUGAACCACCUGAGCCGUGUGCACGGGGAGGCGGUCAGCGACCUCAGCGACAUAGACUGA